UCUAAGCAUUCUUCUUCCCUUGCUCUACAAUCAUGAAGCUUCAGAAUAAUUUUUUGAACUUUACCUUAAUUGCAUCCUUUCUCUUCCUCUUGCUACUAUUCAAAAUAGUUAAGAGAUGGAGUACUUCUAAAAAUUCUAACGCCAACUUACCACCAGGACCAUGGAGACUUCCCUUCAUAGGGAACAUACAUCAAAUUAUUAGCAGCCCAUUGCCUCAUCAUUCCUUCAAAAAUUUGGCACAAAAGUAUGGACCUUUGAUGUACCUAAAACUUGGUGAGGUACCAUACAUAAUAGUUAGUUCAUCAGAAAUGGCCAAAGAGAUUAUGAAAACACAAGACCUCAACUUUUGUAAUAGGCCAAACCUUAUGCUGUCCACAAUAUAUAGUUACAAUAAUACUGAUAUUUUGUUCUCUAUAUAUGGAGAGCACUGGAGGCAACUACGGAAGAUAUGCGUUAUAGAGCUAUUGAGUGUAAAGCGUGUCCAGUCAUUUAGGUCCAUAAGAGAAGAAGAGGUGUCAGAUCUUGCUAAAUCAAUCUCGGCAAAAGAAGGAUUGGUUGUUAAUCUCACUCAUCAGAUAUUUUCAAUGACAUGUGGGAUAGUUGCCCGGGCAGCAUUAGGGAAAAGGAGCAAACACCAACAAGUAGUCGUUUCAUUAAUUAAUGAAAUGAUAAAUAUGCUAGGAGGAAUUUAUAUUGCUGAUUUGUAUCCUUCUAUUAAAAUUCUUCAAAGGAUGAGUAGGGCGAAGUCCAAAAUUGAAAAACUUCAUAGCGAGAUUGAUAUGAUAUUGCAAGACAUCAUCAACGAUCACCGAAGCAUUCACAAGGAAGCAAGCAAAGAUGAAAAUCUAAUUGAAGCUCUUAUCAAGAUUCAACAGAAAAAUGAUCAAUCACAACUUCCAUUGACUGACGACAAUAUGAAAGCAAUCAUCCAGGACAUGUUUGCUGCUGGUACUGAAACAUCAUCAGGGGUAUUGUUAUGGGGGAUGUCUGAGUUAGUAAAGAAUCCAAAGGUAAUGGAAGAAGCACAAGCUGAGGUAAGAAGAGUGUUUGAUAAGAAAGGAGGUGUAGAUGAAUCAGAGUUGCACCAGUUGACAUACUUAAAGUGUGUAAUCAAAGAAACACUAAGGUUGCAUCCUAUUGCACCAUUGUUAGUUCCAAGAGAAAAUGGGGAGAAAUGCCAAAUAAAUGGCUAUGAUAUACCAGCUAAGACAAGGGUCAUGGUUAAUGUUUGGGCAAUUGGAAGAGAUCCAAAGUAUUGGGUUGAAGCUGAGAGUUUUAAACCGGAGAGGUUUAUUAAUAGCCCAAUUGAUUUUAGAGGCACUGACUUUGAGUUCAUACCAUUUGGUGCUGGAAGGAGGAUGUGUUCAGGAAUUGGAUUUGCCUUACCAAACAUUGAGCUCCCGUUUGCUAAAUUACUUUACCACUUUGAUUGGAAGCUUCCCAAUGAAAAGAAAAAUGAAGAACUUGAUAUGACUGAGACAUUUGGAUUAACUGUUGGAAGAAAACAUGAUUUGUGCUUAAUUCCUAUUAUUCGUCCAUUCUUCUUCCCUUGCUCUACAAUCAUGGAGCUUCACAACAAUUUUUCAAACUUCACCCUACUUUCAUCCUUUCUCUUCCUCUUGGUACUAUUCAAAAUAGUUAAAAGAAUGAGUAUUUCUAAAAAUUCUAGCGCCAAAUUACCACCAGGACCAUGGAGACUGCCCUUCAUAGGGAACAUACAUCAGAUUAUUAGCAGCCCAUUGCCUCAUCAUUCCUUCAAAAAUUUGGCACAAAAGUAUGGACCUUUGAUGUACCUAAAACUUGGUGAGGUACCAUACAUAAUAGUUAGUUCACCAGAAAUGGCCAAAGAGAUUAUGAAGACACAUGACCUCAACUUUUGCGAUAGGCCAAACCUUAUGAUGUCCACAAUAUAUAGUUACAAUAAUACUGAUAUUUUAUUCUCUGCAUAUGGAGAACACUGGAGGCAACUAAGGAAGAUAUGCGUUAUAGAGCUAUUGAGUGUAAAGCGUGUCCAGUCAUUUGGUUCCAUAAGAGAAGAAGAGGUGGAAGACCUAGUUAAAUCAAUUUCUGCAAAAGUAGGAUUGGUUGUUAAUCUCACUCAUCAAAUUUUUUCAAUGACAUACGGGAUAGUUGCACAGGCAGCAGUGGGGAAAAGGAGCAAACACCAACAAGUAUUCAGAUCAUUUAUUUAUGAAUUAACAUAUAUGCUAGGAGGAAUUUAUAUUGCUGAUUUGUAUCCUUCUAUUAAAAUUCUUCAAAGGAUGAGUAGGGCGAAGACCAAACUUGAAAAACUUCAUAGAGAGAUUGAUAUGAUAUUGCAAGACAUCAUCAACGAUCACCGAAGCAUUCACAAGGAAGCAAGCAAAGAUGAAAAUCUAAUCGAAGCUCUUAUCAAGAUUCAACAGGAAAAUGAUCAAUCACAACAUCCAUUGACAGAUGACAUUAUGAAAGCAAUCAUCCUGGACAUGUUUGCUGCUGGUACUGAAACAUCAUCAGGAGUUUUAUUAUGGGGGAUGUCUGAGUUAGUAAAAAAUCCAAAGGUAAUGGAAAAAGUACAGGAUGAAGUGCGAAAAGUGUUCGAUAAGAAAGGGGGUGUAGAUGAAUCAGAGUUGCACCAGUUGACAUACUUAAAGUGUGUAGUCAAAGAAACACUAAGGUUGCAUCCUAUUGCACCAUUGUUAGCUCCAAAAGAAAGUAGAGGGAUAUGUCAAAUCAAUGGCUAUGAUAUUCCAGCUAAGACAAGGGUCAUGGUCAAUGCUUGGGCAAUUGGAAGAGAUCACAAGUAUUGGGUUGAUGCCAGUAGUUUUAUACCGGAGAGAUUUCUUAAUAGCCCAAUUGAUUUCAAAGGAACAGACUUUGAAUACUUACCAUUUGGUUCUGGAAGGAGGAUGUGUCCAGGAAUUGCAUUUGCCUUACCAAACGUUGACCUACCAUUUGCUAAAUUACUUUACCACUUUGAUUGGAAGCUUCCAAAUGAAAUGAAAAAUGAAGAACUUGAUAUGACUGAGACAUUUGGAUUAACUGUCGGAAGAAAACAUGAUUUGUGCUUAAUUCCUAUUACUCGUCGUCUUUAAUUAUUUUUGUAUUACUUUUUAAUAAUAGCAUGUGGAAAAUGAUUGUAAUAAAAAGAGAAAAUAUCAUUUAUCUCUCCCAUGAAGGAGUAAGAUAUUCCUUAUAAAGUUUGUAUUGGUAAUUAAUCUUUACAAAUUGAUUUAUGUAUGGUUACAAUGUACAAUGUUAUAGGAGAAAAUUGGUUUGGAUGUGGUAGUUUAUAGGAGAUAUUACUUAUCUCAAUUCUAGUUUUUACAAAUUUAACAAAGAUCCUUUAUUAUUUUUUAUCGUAAUUCUA